CGUUGAACAAAGGGGUAGAAUUGCCACUCGCCGAAACUUCGACGGGUGGCGGCGACGACAACGAGCUGCUUGGCGGCGGUCUGGAUGCUGAAUGUCUUGCGAGUUUCUGUGUAAAAUAUCUGGCUCUGAGCAUCACGGAAGUGGCAUACCACGUCUCCAAAUGAUAUCCGUUCCAGACACGGUGGGACAAGCAGGGUGAGUACAAAGGCAUGAAGCGGAGAUCUCAAUCGAUAGGUUUUGGCGUCGGUAGCAUGGCGCGUUACACAGUCGACAUCUCAGCGGUGGUCUUCGCAGCAGACCUGUUGUGGCAGCCGUGCCGCGGAUCCAGGCAGGGCCCGCGGUGGUGGCAAGCUCGUGUUGUCCACUCGUUGAUCACACCAUCGAGAUGUCGCCCCAGAACUACAGGCAACACGGACAGCUGUUACGAAAGGUCCGAGCGGCACAUUUGAGGUCCAGCUGCUGGGCCGCCCGCAAGAUCAGACUCCCGGUGGCAAAAUAUCAGCCUUUUCCUUGUUGGGAGUUCCAAGCACCGUGUCCUGCGCGACGCGUUCCAGCCACAGGCAAUUGUAUUUGCUUCCGGAU